UUUUAUCACAAACGUCAAAACUGACAAUUUAUCGCCGUCAAAAUUUUUUGUGGAAUGGAAAGAAAUAAUUUUCGGCAUAUUUACAACUGAGGAAAUCGACAAAAAAAGAAAGAAAAUUGAAAUUUAUUUCACGACAAAUCCCCGUAAUCUUUAACAGAAAUUUAAAUUAAAUAUUGCAUUUAUAAAUUUCUCAUUAAAAUGGGUGGAGUUUUUAGUUAUUUUCGAGGUCUCCUUGGAUCAAGGGAAAUGCGAAUUCUUAUACUGGGACUAGACGGUGCCGGAAAGACAACAAUUUUGUAUCGUUUACAAGUUGGCGAGGUGGUGACAACAAUUCCAACGAUAGGCUUCAAUGUUGAGCAAGUCACUUAUAAAAAUUUAAAGUUUCAAGUUUGGGAUUUGGGAGGACAAACUAGUAUUAGACCCUAUUGGCGGUGUUAUUAUAGCAACACAGAUGCUAUUAUUUACGUAGUUGAUUCGGCAGAUCGUGACCGAAUUGGUAUAUCCAAAGAUGAAUUACUUUACAUGCUGAGAGAAGAAGAACUAGCUGGAGCGAUACUUGUUGUUCUGGCUAACAAACAAGACAUGGAAGGAUGUAUGACCGUUGCUGAAGUACAUCAUGCUCUUGGUCUUGAACAUUUGAAAAAUAGAACGUUCCAAAUUUUCAAAACAUCAGCGACCAAAGGUGAAGGACUGGACCAAGCAAUGGAUUGGUUAUCAAAUACAUUACAAACCCGAAAAUAGCCCAGCUAAGUUUAAUACAUCAGUUCAAAAAUAAUUUCCAAAAUUACAAAAAAAAAAAGUAAUUAAAAAUAAUAAUAAUAAACAUAAAAAGUAAUUUACCCACAAA